AUGGUAGAGCAUGAUGGGUUGAUGAGAGUGUUCUGGCCGACGGACAUUCGCAGGUCGGAUCGCCCUGGGGUCGUAGUGGGGUGGCGCAACUCGACUCUCGAUGUCUUUGUCGUGGCCAUCUUAGACGAUGUUGAUGCUCGCAAUGCCGAGUUCCACCUUCGGUCUGGCACCUUCUUCCGCAGCGAACCUCACCCCCCAAACCGAAUCUACGAAAUAUGCGGCCAUUCUUCGAUGCAUGUCUUAGGCCUUUCCAACGCACCCGAUCCGAGCGUUGCAGAUCCAUCUUGGUUUUGCGCGACGACCAGUCCUAACCAACGAGCCCCGAGGAUUACAUGCGCCAAGGCGGCCAGUGUUCAGCUUAUUCUCUAUGAUCGACCCAGGCCGCAAGGGAUGCAAUACAUUUCACUCUACCCCAUUUCCCUUGCGCUUGGACGCGACCGGUCCUCGAUAGGUGGUGUCGCAGCACCAGACCCGGAUGACGAAUUUCAUGAUAUACAGUUAAAGGAGGAGAAGCGCAAACUGGUUGAGAAGCUCAGGCAGCAUUCCAUCUUCAAGCGAGUACCGUCUGCCCGCGACAAGGCAUUGCCGAAGAUUGUCAACCAAGUCAACUGGUCAUGGGAGUUGGAGCAAACGCUACAGAAGAACGUCGGGCGGAUUGGGACGAGACCACGACGAAGUCUUAGUGUGUCUGAGAGAGUGGUCGAAUCAGCCACAACUAUGAGAAACUAUGUCAUCUUGCAGUUGUGGACGUGGUUUACGGUCUAUCUCUUCCCUGUCCUGCGCAAGGCUUUUAUUCUAUUGCUCAUGGGUCACCGCAUGAUGGCUGAGAUGUUGCUCGUCUUCCUCGAGUUUCGAGUCAAACCUGGCUAUGCCGCUCUGAAGGACAUAUCGGCAACCGCACAACAGAUAGAAAUCCGCUUGCAACAGUUCUGCUACUGGCCUAUGCAGUACCUAACGUUGCGGCAACGGAAGGGCAACUGGGCGAGCGUGACGACAAGCCACCCUGACUACAUCCGAUUUUACAACAGCUUGUGGCUCGUUGCCAACGAUGUCAUCAUCGGCAUCGCCCUUGGCUCGUACAUUAUUGAAAAUGCGGACUGGGUGGCAGACCAGAUCAGCGAUCUGCUUUGCUCUUACACGGUCGAGGCCCUCCAGAGCAGUAUUUCGUGGCUGAUGGGUUGGCCAGCUGGCCUCAAGCUCAAUGGCGAGCUGGCGGCUUUUCUCGGUGACCUAUUCCUCUGGGUCAUUGAUUACUGGUCAAGUUGUAUCGAGACUCUAACUCCAGCCUUGCCACAAAUGGUGUGGUUCAUCGGCUUCUCGUCCUUUGCAGGAGCGAGCAUGCCUAUAGCCAUGUUCUCCGACAUGCUGUCAGCGUUGACGAUCCACAUCUACUCGUUCUACUUGGCAUCAGGACGCAUAUAUCAUUGGCAACUCACGAUCCUACAAUCCCUCUUCCAUCUCUUCCGCGGAAAAAAGCACAACGUUCUCCGUAACCGUAUCGAUUCAUGCGACUACGACCUGGAUCAGCUCCUUGUCGGCACCAUCCUCUUCACGCUACUCUUCUUUCUCCUCCCCACCGUUGCCGUCUUUUAUCUCAACUUUGCCAUUGCGAGGAUGGUCAUCAUCUCGUUAAAGGCCGGAUUUGAUACCCUGUUGUCUUGCUUGAAUCACUUCCCGUUAUUUGCGCUCAUGCUGAGGAUCAAAGACCCCCGAAGACUGCCUGGUGGCAUUCGCUUUGAACUUCGAGAUACCCACAUUCAUAGACAAACCAGCCCUAAUACUUCUAAUCAACCGCCCACUUCGGUCAUCUAUCUCAAGUCAAUCCCGUUGACCUUUCGAGCCAUGUUCAACCAGUACUUCCAGAUGGCCAACCGCAUUCGGAAACACUACCUAUCACCGCGGGUAUUUUUCUGCUUGUUGACGGGCAUGUUUGUACCGCCUAUUAAUCGAAAGAACUUGUAUAGCCUACAAUACAGCAUGCUGCCAGCGAGAAGAGCAACAAUAUGGGAGAUGUGGAGGGCGCUCAAUGAGGAGCCACGGACAACAAAGCGGUUUCCAAUGCCGUACAUUCCACCGUUACCAAAUGGGGGACGACGGGGGUCUGGGAAUGCUGGCAGGUCUAGAUGA